AAAAGAUGCUAUCCUACGCUUUCUAAUCCGAAUAAUUUUUAUUUGGCUGGGAAAUUGUAACCAAAGAGGACAGCUUUGAAUUUAUAAUCUCAAUGGAAUUGUUCCAGUCAUUUCAACAACCAUCUAAAAAGAAAAGCAGAACGUUUCGAGUGCGCGCUGUCACACGGGAGCGUCGGGGCUUGGCUGAGCUUUCGACCGAAGCUGCAAAUUAUCAUUGCCCUGACUCGCGAGACAGUUUGUAGGCCAACUUGAACCCUACCCAUCCAGCGCCACCCGGUACAGGGCUAACCUCCACACUGACACGACUUUCUGUGUCGACUUCACAGAUGCCCGCUGAAGGAUGCCUUCGCAACAGCUAGACAUGGAGGUGAUGACCCCCCUGAUAGAGAACCCUGGAGGAGGACGGGGAGCUGGGCAGGAUGAGGAGAACUCAGAUGAGGACCAGGAUCCAGAGCUGCUGCAUGCCAGAUACUAUGAGAAGGGCAACAGCCAGGGCAUCACGUUCACUCAGGCUCUCAUCCACCUGCUCAAGGGGAACAUUGGGACUGGGCUUCUGGGUCUUCCUCUGGCAGUACGCAACGCAGGGAUCAUAGUGGGACCUUUGUGUCUGGUGUUAAUGGGCGCGGUCUGUGUUCACUGUAUGCACAUCCUGGUCCAGUGUAGCCACCACCUGUGUGAAAGGUUGAAGAGGCCUCCCAUGGGUUACAGCGACACAGUGGCCUUCGCCAUGGAGCACAGCUCUUAUCAGUGCUUCAGGAACAGUGCCAGGUUUGGAAGGCACCUAGUCAACUUCUUUCUGGUGUUGACACAGCUUGGAUUUUGCAGUGCAUACUUUGUGUUCCUGGCAGAGAAUAUCAAACAGGUUGUUGAGGGGUACCAAAGCUCAAAUAUCACCCUCGACCACAAGUCCCUAUCAUUCGUCAAUGCCUCCACGACAGUCUUUGGCAGUGCCGGUCCCGUGCCGGCGCCUGUUCCUUUACGCCCCUUGGUACCCUCGGAGCCGUGGGCACUAGACCUGCGUCUCUACAUGCUCUUUUUCCUGCCCUUCCUCAUCCUGCUGGUGUUCAUGAAGGACCUGAAGAACAUGGCCGUCCUGUCAUUGGUGGCCAACAUCUGCAUGGCCGUCAGUGUCAUCAUCAUCUUCCAGUACAUCACCACGGAUUUUGGGGAUUUUCAGCAUCUCCCCCUCACUUCCCCCCUGGGCAAGUUUCCCUUCUUCUUUGGAACAGCCAUCUUUGCAUUUGAAGGCAUCGGAGUGGUUCUUCCUCUAGAGAACCAGAUGAAGGAACCAAAACAGUUCCCCUUGGCUCUGAACAUCGGGAUGGGCAUUGUCACAGUCCUCUAUGUUGUCUUGGCAACACUGGGCUACCUUCACUUUGGUGAUGACAUCCAAGGAAGCAUAACCCUCAACCUUCCACACAGCGCCUGGACCAAUCAAAUGGUGAAGAUCCUAUAUAGCUUUGGGGUGUUCGUCAGCUUCGCUAUCCAGUUCUUUGUCCCGGCGGAGAUAAUGAUUCCCCCGAUCCAAGCGAAGCUACAGGAGAGCUGGAGGGCACCCUGCGAUAUGAUGCUAAGAGGGCUCCUGGUCUGCGUCACCUGUAAGUUUGUUUACUCAAUCACAUCUACUCUAACAACACCCUUCUGAGCCAUCACAUUUUAGGUCCGUAUCACCUGGAAGGAUGCCAACCACUCUCCCAACCACUUUUCCUCAAAUGGAGUGGAGUGUGUGAGCGCGUGUGUGUAUGUGCAAACACGUUGCUAAAAGACUGUCAGGAGGGAGUGUGUGGCUUAUGUGUUUGAGGUGUGCAUUAAGAAACACUGAUUGAUAUCUGUGAAAGGCUAUGAGGAUUUCACAGCCAACUUUCCCUCAAUGUCAGCCCCGUAUUCCCCACGUCUCGCAAUCCCACAGCACAUUAGGGAGGAGAAAGUGCUGUUGAUACUUAAGAUUCGCAGGGCUGAAUCAUAGUGCACAGUCAAAGUUAUGGAGCGGAAGAUGGAGACAACAGAAUGUAGUAUGUGUGUGAGUAAUAAAGGAGGGAGUUGUAGUGUGUUCAAGAAGAAAGGACAGUAUGGUGUCAAAAAGUACAGUGAUAGAAUGUGAAUAUUACUGUUGAAAACAUUUUUAUUGUAACGACAGUCAGGCAUGACGGCCUCAAGUUUUCUGAAUGUGUGUGGUAUCAACACAUGCCUUCAUGUGUGAUAUCAGUGUGUGACUAUCAAUAUGUGCAAGGAAUGUCAGGACUUGUGAUUGUGUGCUUGGGAAAUUGGGCAGAACUAAUGUGCAAUUUAGCAGGUCACUUGCAAGGACAAGCACAAUCGCGACGCAGUCAAAUAUACCGAUGCCCGUCAUCGGCUGCUUCGAAAUGGAAGUCUGUGCCUUUAGCUCGACAGGCUCAGUUGUGGUCAUCCUUUGGUUGAAUUAAUGCCUAAUAACACCCCCUCGUUAAUAAUGCACCGUCUGCCUCCACCUUAUCUCAGGACCGUCAUACCACCAUCCACUAUGGUGCCAGGCAGGUUGAAUUGACGACGUGGAGCUGUUGUGUUCCUACGGGCUUUUUAUAGUGGAGUGGUUUGGCCUGCGGCGGUUUCUUUGACACUUCUCCCUUCUCUAACAGUACUGUUCAUUGCCCAGGGGAUAAGGAGAACUGAACAUCUCUCUUUACCCUCUCUCUCUUUUUAUUUUUUUGCCCUUCUCUCUUUUUUUUCUUUCUUAUUGUCCCUUUUCCUUCUUCCUCU